AUGACAAUGUAUCAAACACCAUUGGAAGUCGUGAAUACUCUUCGUGAUCAUAUUGUAUCGUCGUCGACAUUUUGUAACCGAGAAGAGUUUCUGGAGACAUUAGAAAAUGUUCAGAAUAAUUUGUCGAAUGAUGGAAAUACUAGUAUCGAUAAUUGCCAUGUCAUUCGAUGUAUAAAUCUCGAAGGAUUUGAUGGAGUUGGUAAGACAACGCUAGCCAACAAACUCGCACAGAAUCCCGGUUUUAGUCUUUUGCCCACACUACCAGAUAGUAUACGUCCGUUUCGUGCCUAUUUCGAUGCACAAAACGAAUAUGUGAGGCGUAGUUAUUAUUCUUUGUGUAAUAUAGUCGCGUCUCAUAAACUUGCAUCAUCUUCUCAUACAACUGUAUGGGUUCUUGAUCGAUAUUGGCCAUCAACCAUCGCCUAUCAACUUGCUCAUCAAGAUAAUCUUGAUUUGGCAUCAAUUGAAAAUCCUCUUCCUUGGCCUAAUCAUCUUGUACGACCUUCCUAUGUUGUCUACUUGUAUUUGAACGAGGACAAGCGGCGUGGACGCAUCGCUCAGCGACACUCGCAAGAGCCAAUGGAUCCCGAAGAACAACAACUGGCAUCUGACAAUACAUUUCGAGAGCGGCUCGAUGCAAUAUAUCGUCGUGUAGAGAAUAUUCACUCGAUUGAUGCUGAUGCAACGACCGAUGAAAUGGCGGAAACAAUACUUCAAGGAUUCAAAAAUAGCUAG